UAAGUCGCUCAGCGGAACAUGGCGGAUCGCGGGAGGAAGCGGCCCUGCGGCCCGGUAGGUGGCGGCGGGUCGGGUUCUAGCGGCUCCGGGGCUAAGGUGCUCCAGGGUGAACAUGGCCAAAGGGUUGAAUGGCGAAAAUGGAAGCAACAGAAGAAAGAAGAGAAAAAGAAAUGGAAGGACCUUAAGAUGACCAAAAAGCUUGAAAAGCAGCGAGCACAAGAGGAGCAGACCAAGCGGCAGAAGGAGGAAGAAGAGGCAGCUGCCCAGAGGAAGGACCAGGGACGGCCCUACACCCUGAGUGUCGCCCUGCCGGGCUCCAUCUUGGACAAUGCCCAGUCACCGGAGCUUCGCACCUACCUGGCUGGCCAGAUCGCCAGAGCUUGUGCCAUCUUCUGUGUGGACGAGAUUGUGGUGUUUGAUGAGGAAGGCCAAGAUGCCAAGACCGUGGAAGGGGAAUUCAAGGGGGUCGGCAAGAAGGGGCAGGCGUGUGUACAGCUGGCUCGCAUCCUGCAGUACCUCGAGUGUCCACAGUACCUGAGAAAGGCGUUUUUCCCUAAGCACCAGGAUCUACAGUUUGCAGGGCUUCUCAACCCCCUGGACAGCCCCCACCACAUGCGCCAGGAUGAGGAAUCAGAGUUCCGUGAGGGCGUCGUGGUGGACCGGCCCACCCGGCUAGGCCAUGGUUCCUUUGUCAACUGCGGCAUGAAGAAGGAGGUGAAGAUUGAUAAGAACCUGGAGCCUGGGCUUCGCGUAACCGUGAGAUUGGACCAGAAACAGCUCCCAGAAUGCAAGACCUACCGGGGAACAGUUGUGUCUUCGCAGGACCCCCGCACCAAGGCCGGUCUCUAUUGGGGCUACACCGUCCGACUGGCCUCCUGCCUCAGUGCUGUGUUCACCGAGUCACCCUUCCAGGAUGGCUACGACCUGACCAUCGGGACGUCAGAGCGAGGCUCUGAUGUGGCCUCCGCCCAGCUGCCCAGCUUCAGGCAUGCACUAGUGGUUUUCGGGGGUCUGCAAGGACUAGAAACUGGAGUGGAUGCUGACCCCAACCUGGACGUGGUGGAACCCAGUGUCCUCUUUGACCUGUAUGUCAACACGUGUCCUGGCCAGGGCAGCCGCACCAUCCGCACUGAGGAAGCCAUCCUCAUCUCCCUGGCCACCCUGCAACCUGGCCUCACACAGGCCGGUGCCCGGCCCUCCUGAAGGCUGUGUGUCAUCAGGA